GGGUCCAGACACCUGAUUCGACCCGGGGUGGAACCCGCCUCCCUAGGCUGCGAAAGCCCUAAGUCCCUCCCUUUCUUUGGAGUUUUCACUUGCUCCCGGGAAUUCCUACACUCAGACCUCCCUACACCCCCGUCUCUCUUAGCUGGUGGUGCUCAGCCAAGUCAUUUUUUCUUAAGGUGGCGCCUGGAGGCUGGACUUCUUUCCUGAGAUCGCAUUCCUAGAGAGCUUCCUAUCUUAAUACUAACUUUAAUGCCGCAGUUAUUGAGCGAUAGAAAACGCAUGUCAAAAGCCAGUCAAAGCAAAGAAACAAAUCAACAAACCCUUUCGGUAAACGCAAUGAAGGAACGCGGCGGGUGCCCCGGAAGCGGAAGUGCAUCCUCUUCAUGAAAGGCUGGACUACGCCGAGUGGUGACGUUAUCUCAUUGGGCGGAAGGUUCGGUGGCAGUCAUCGGUCUUCCAGCUGGUGGGAGUUGGCGUCGCGGUGCUGGGCGCUGGGACCCUAGUUUAUGUGGGGUAGCACCUGUCUGUCUGAUUCCCGCUUUCGUUGGUUUCCUCCCACGGCGUGGGGCUUCGCGAAGGACUCCCCGGCCCCUUUGGGUCACGGCUGUAGCGGUGCCUUUUGCGAGUUUCUUGUAAUCACGUCUUAAAGCCUUCAGGAUGGUACUAGCAGACCUUGGAAGAAAAAUAACAUCAGCAUUACGCUCAUUGAGCAAUGCCACCAUUAUCAAUGAAGAGGUGUUAAAUGCUAUGCUAAAAGAAGUAUGUACAGCAUUAUUGGAAGCAGAUGUUAAUAUUAAACUAGUGAAGCAACUAAGAGAAAAUGUAAAGUCUGCAAUUGAUCUUGAAGAGAUGGCAUCUGGUCUUAACAAAAGGAAAAUGAUUCAGCAUGCAGUAUUUAAAGAACUUGUGAAGCUUGUAGACCCUGGAGUUAAAGCAUGGACACCCACUAAAGGAAAACAGAACGUGAUCAUGUUUGUUGGAUUGCAAGGGAGUGGUAAAACGACAACAUGUUCAAAGUUAGCAUAUUACUACCAGAGGAAAGGUUGGAAGACCUGUUUGAUCUGUGCAGACACGUUCAGAGCAGGGGCUUUUGACCAACUAAAACAGAAUGCAACCAAAGCGAGAAUUCCAUUCUAUGGAAGCUAUACAGAAAUGGAUCCUGUCAUCAUUGCCUCUGAAGGAGUGGAGAAAUUCAAAAAUGAAAAUUUUGAAAUUAUUAUUGUUGAUACAAGUGGCCGCCAUAAACAAGAAGACUCUUUGUUUGAAGAAAUGCUUCAAGUUGCUAAUGCUAUACAACCCGAUAACAUUGUUUAUGUGAUGGAUGCCUCCAUUGGGCAGGCUUGUGAAGCCCAGGCUAAGGCUUUUAAAGAUAAAGUAGAUGUAGCCUCAGUAAUAGUGACAAAACUUGAUGGUCAUGCUAAAGGAGGUGGUGCACUCAGUGCAGUUGCUGCCACAAAAAGUCCAAUUAUUUUCAUUGGUACAGGGGAACAUAUAGAUGACUUUGAACCUUUCAAAACACAGCCUUUCAUCAGCAAACUUCUUGGUAUGGGUGACAUUGAAGGACUGAUAGAUAAAGUCAACGAGUUGAAGUUGGAUGACAAUGAAGCACUUAUAGAGAAGUUGAAACAUGGUCAGUUUACGUUGCGAGACAUGUAUGAACAAUUUCAAAAUAUCAUGAAAAUGGGCCCCUUCAGUCAGAUCUUGGGGAUGAUCCCUGGUUUCGGAACAGAUUUUAUGAGCAAAGGAAAUGAACAAGAGUCAAUGGCAAGGCUAAAGAAAUUAAUGACAAUAAUGGAUAGUAUGAAUGAUCAAGAACUUGACAGUACUGAUGGUGCCAAGGUUUUCAGUAAGCAACCAGGAAGAAUCCAAAGAGUAGCAAGAGGAUCAGGUGUGUCAACGAGAGAUGUACAAGAACUUUUGACACAAUAUACCAAAUUUGCACAGAUGGUAAAAAAGAUGGGAGGUAUCAAAGGACUUUUCAAAGGUGGUGACAUGUCUAAGAAUGUGAGCCAGUCACAGAUGGCAAAAUUGAAUCAACAAAUGGCCAAAAUGAUGGAUCCUAGAGUUCUUCAUCACAUGGGUGGUAUGGCAGGACUUCAGUCAAUGAUGAGGCAGUUUCAACAGGGUGCUGCUGGCAAUAUGAAAGGCAUGAUGGGAUUCAAUAACAUGUAAAGAAGAUGCCUUAAUGUAAACUGACUCAGUUGAUUACAUUGUUUGCUGAGACCUCAGAGUUUCCCUCCUUUUUGCAAAUGGGAAAAAAAAGUAUUUUUCUUGUCUGUCUUGCGCCUUUUCUUUCUCUCCUCAUCUUUUUUCCCCCUCCUUUUCUUUUUCCUUCCUUCCUUUUUCCCUCCCUCCCUUUCAUAUAAGGGAGGAAUAUAUGGUUUUUGUGGAAAUCAUUAUAUUUUUGCUUUAGGGUUUCUUCUGUUAGUUUUCAGCCAUCAUAACACUUCUUAAGUUAAGCAAAUCAUGAUGUAAAAUUUUAGUAUUGAUACUUAAAAGUUUUUAAUUGUCUCAAAGGCCAAGCAUUGCAUUUGUAAACAGUCCUGGUCAGUAGUUACACGAUGUCUCAAUAAAAGUGCUGUAAAAUAAAC